AUGGGUGUUAAUGUAGCUCCAAUACCGAGUCCAGGGGACGUUGGAGCACAAGCUGUGGCCAUCAGAAUAGCGGGAGACCAAGCUUCCUUCUGGGGUUGCGGAUUCUUUGGAGCCCAGGACACCCUUCAUGAUGAUAGGGGUAGACAUUACUUCAAGGACCGCUAUAUCCAAGGUUCAAUCGACUUCAUCUUCGGUAAUGCAAGGUCAUUUUAUGAGGUAGGCUUGGCUGCCUUCAAAAUCAAUAUCUAG